UCUGUAGCUCUGCAGAAGGAACAGGAUUCCCGACAUCAGGCAGCUUUCAGCUACUAAGAAUCCUUUUGCGGCAUUAGUUGUGUUUUACUUUGCUUUAUUAAGCUCCCCUCACAGAAUUGUCAAUGUCCAUAAGCUCUGUCAACUGGACUGCAACUUCAUCUGCUCUGUCACUGAUUUUUCGGUUCACAUACUGUUUUCCAGUCUGUGUUUGUUAUUUUUAGGAAGUUGAAGUGCCAGCAAACGAGUGGAUGAGUUCCUGGACAAAUAACAGCAUCAAGAAAACAAGCGGAUUGACAAUAGGAGCCGUGGUAUGAAGAGGUAAGCAUUUUGUAGAAUCGAAGGAUUCAAACAAAGGCAAAUGAGUAACUGAGAGAGACAAAGUUUGCUCAACAAAGAAGGCCGCUUUGCUUGAGAGGUCAGAGAAGCCACAGCUGGCUACACAGCAAGAGCAAACCCCCCACCUCAAUGGCAUACCAGCUUUUUGAAGGGAAGGAACAUGCUUCCAUCUACCAAAAGAAUCGUUUUACACCUCCAACUGAGCUGAAAAACAUUAUCAUUCAGUACUUAGAUAAAAAGAAAGGACAACCACAUGAGCUUGCGGUGGAUUUGGGAUGUGGAACAGGUCAGAAUACUCGACUGCUGGCACCACACUUCAAAGAAGUGGUUGGUAUCGACAUCAGUGAGUGUCAGCUAGAGGAGGCCAGAGCGCUAUCAGGGUACCCCAACAUCACGUACAGUAAGGGGACAGCGGAGAAGCUUCCGUUUCCAGAUGGCUCUGUAGAUUUACUUACAGCAGCUUCAGCUGCCCACUGGUUUGAUCAGUCCAAGUUUCUGGCCGAAGCAGAUCGGGUGUUGAAGCCUGGGGGCUGCAUGGCUCUGCUGGGGUUCAUUGACACAAACGCCUAUUUCAUCUACAAGGACUGUGGAGAACGACUUAACCACAUCUAUCAAGAGAGUAAGCUGGAAGAUUUGUACUCUGCCAUCCCAUUUCCAGACAAAGAGAGGAUUGAGAGUUUUCCAGAUAAAUCUAUCAUCACUGUGAAGAAUUUGGUUGGUUUCAUUAGUAGCUGGUCCAUGUUCCAAACAUUCAAAUUGAAAGACCCCCAGGGUGCUGAGGACCUCCUGAUCAACACUCAGAAGAGGUUUCUGGAUGAGAUGGAUGUCAACUCUCCUGACACUGAAAUACAACGGGAGUGGGAAUAUUUUUGUGUUUUGGCAUCUAAACCACAUUAACACAGUGAUGAAGAUUAUAGGCGCUUAGAGACUGACUCUGACUCAAACAUUUUGAAACUAUAAAAUUCUGAAGAAUCCUAAAGCAUCAAUAGUUUGUCUGUUGAAUGAGGACAUUUUAGAAUUAAAUGAUUUUUAUCUUUGUAAAUGUUUGAUUUUAUGUAUUAAGCUUUCAUAAAGAGCAAGUUUCCUCUCAUUAAGCUUUCUAAUAUACCAGACAAUUAAUUGAGUUCAAGAUGUUACAUGAUUGCAAAGACAAAUGGAACUGAUCUUAUCAGUUUCCCUUGACUCUGAGAUAAGAGUGAGCUUUUAUAAUUAUCACUCAGAUCAGGUGUAUUAUUAGCAGCAACACUUACUUUAACAGAUGUUCAUUAUGAGUUUAUUUUUCUGUAAAUACUUACUGUAAUGUAAUUAUCACUAUUGAUAGCUUCAUGGUUACAAUUAUUCAAUUACAUGAAGGAUUAGUUUAGAUAACAAAUGAAUACAAAAGGAAAUUAAUUACAUGUAAAUCCAGUGUCAAAUGAUCUUUGAAAAUAUCAAAUAGAAAACAGUGCUUAGGGUUUUUUUUGUGUUCGGUCAUAAUCAUAAUCUGUGCUGUUCAAGUGUUUUAGGUCCAACACAGUUGGAGCUGGAAAACAUAAGAGGAAUGAUUCUUCCAAAUGCUUUCAAGUUAUGAGAGUCACAUUAUGUACCCAACUGGUCAAACAUUGUUACUUUCAGUGGAAAUAAAACAAGUUAUAUUCUGUCUGUCAGCCUGUGUCUGUCUGUCUGUCUGUCUGUCUGUCUGUCUGU